UCCCCGCGGCCGCCGCAGCGCCGGCGCCUCCCCCUCCCCCGGCGCGCACGGCCCGUCCCCGUCCCCGGAGGCGGCCCGAGCCGCCGCUGAGCAGCCUCGCCUUCGCCUCCCGCGUUUCCUGCCGCCCGCCCUCCCCCCGGCCAGGCUCCAGGGGCUGUCGCCGAGCAGCUCCGAGCGGGAGAGCGGCUCAGAGCGCGCACGGGGGCGGGCGGAGGCGGCCUGGUUCGAGGCGGCCGCGCCGGGGAGAGGCGCGCGCGGAGACGCCGGCCCCCCUCUCCGCGUUUGCUCGCUCGCUCCCCGCCUCCCGCACUCCGCUCGCUCCCACCCCUUCCCGGCGUGAUUGAUCCGUCACGGGCGCCGCCGCUGCCGCCGCCGCCGCGGCCGUUCUGAGCCGAGCAGGAGCCGGAGCCCGAGCCGGAGCCGGGGCCGGGGCCGGCGCCAUUGCGCGGGCGCCGCGGGGAGAGCUUGGCGCGGGGCGGCGGGCCGGGCCAGGCCAUGCGGGCCGAGUGAGCCGGCGCCCGCAGCCCGCGGCGCGGCAUGGCUUCCCCGCGGAGCUCCGGGCAGCCCGGGCCGCCGCCGCCGCCGCCACCACCACCCGCGCGCCUGCUGCUGCUCCUGCUGCUGCCGCUGCUCCUGCCGCUGGCGCCCGGGGCCUGGGGCUGGGCGCGGGGCGCCCCCCGGCCGCCGCCCAGCAGCCCGCCGCUCUCCAUCAUGGGCCUCAUGCCGCUCACCAAGGAGGUGGCCAAGGGCAGCAUCGGGCGCGGCGUGCUCCCUGCCGUGGAACUGGCCAUCGAGCAGAUCCGCAACGAGUCGCUCCUGCGCCCCUACUUCCUAGACCUGCGGCUCUACGACACCGAGUGUGACAACGCAAAAGGGCUGAAAGCCUUCUACGACGCAAUAAAAUACGGGCCGAACCACCUGAUGGUGUUUGGAGGCGUCUGUCCGUCUGUUACGUCCAUCAUCGCAGAGUCCCUCCAAGGCUGGAAUCUGGUGCAGCUCUCGUUUGCUGCGACCACACCUGUCCUGGCUGAUAAGAAAAAGUACCCUUAUUUCUUUCGGACGGUGCCGUCGGACAACGCGGUGAACCCCGCCAUCCUGAAGCUGCUGAAACACUACCACUGGAAGCGAGUGGGCACGCUGACGCAGGACGUGCAGAGGUUCUCCGAGGUGAGGAACGACCUGACCGGGGUUCUGUACGGUGAGGACAUCGAGAUUUCAGACACCGAGAGCUUCUCCAAUGAUCCCUGCACCAGUGUCAAAAAGCUUAAGGGCAACGACGUGCGCAUCAUCCUCGGCCAGUUUGACCAGAACAUGGCGGCAAAAGUGUUCUGUUGUGCAUAUGAGGAGAACAUGUUCGGAAGCAAGUACCAGUGGAUCAUCCCGGGCUGGUAUGAGCCCUCCUGGUGGGAGCAGGUGCACACUGAAGCCAACUCGUCCCGUUGUUUCCGGAAGAAUCUUCUUGCUGCCAUGGAGGGCUACAUUGGCGUGGACUUUGAACCCCUGAGCUCCAAGCAGAUCAAGACCAUCUCGGGAAAGACUCCACAGCAGUAUGAGAGAGAGUACAACAACAAGCGCUCAGGCGUGGGGCCCAGCAAGUUCCACGGGUACGCCUACGAUGGCAUCUGGGUCAUAGCCAAGACGCUGCAGAGGGCCAUGGAGACGCUGCAUGCCAGCAACCGGCACCAGCGGAUCCAGGACUUCAACUACACGGACCACACACUGGGCAGGAUCAUCCUCAACGCCAUGAACGAGACCAACUUCUUCGGGGUCACGGGUCAAGUUGUGUUCCGGAACGGGGAGAGAAUGGGGACCAUUAAAUUUACUCAAUUUCAAGACAGAAGGGAGGUGAAGGUGGGAGAGUACAACGCUGUGGCCGACACGCUGGAGAUCAUCAACGACACCAUCAGGUUCCAAGGAUCCGAACCACCGAAAGACAAGACCAUCAUCCUGGAGCAGCUCCGUAAGAUCUCCCUACCUCUCUACAGCAUCCUGUCUGCCCUCACCAUCCUGGGGAUGAUCAUGGCCAGCGCUUUUCUCUUCUUCAACAUCAAGAACCGGAAUCAGAAGCUGAUAAAGAUGUCGAGCCCGUACAUGAACAACCUCAUCAUCCUCGGGGGCAUGCUGUCCUAUGCGUCCAUCUUCCUCUUUGGCCUCGAUGGAUCCUUUGUCUCUGAAAAGACCUUCGAAACACUUUGCACUGUCAGGACCUGGAUUCUCACCGUGGGCUACACCACUGCCUUUGGGGCCAUGUUUGCGAAGACAUGGAGGGUCCACGCCAUCUUCAAGAACGUGAAGAUGAAGAAGAAGAUCAUCAAGGACCAGAAACUGCUGGUGAUUGUCGGGGGCAUGCUGCUGAUCGACCUGUGCAUCCUGAUUUGCUGGCAGGCUGUGGACCCCCUGAGAAGGACGGUGGAGAGGUACAGCAUGGAGCCGGACCCAGCAGGACGGGACAUCUCCAUCCGCCCUCUCCUGGAGCACUGUGAGAACACCCACAUGACCAUCUGGCUCGGCAUCGUCUACGCCUACAAAGGGCUCCUCAUGUUGUUCGGUUGUUUCUUAGCUUGGGAGACGCGCAACGUCAGCAUCCCCGCACUCAACGACAGCAAGUACAUCGGGAUGAGCGUCUACAACGUGGGCAUCAUGUGCAUCAUCGGGGCCGCCGUCUCCUUCCUGACACGGGACCAGCCCAACGUGCAGUUCUGCAUCGUGGCUCUGGUCAUCAUCUUCUGCAGCACCAUCACCCUCUGCCUGGUGUUUGUGCCAAAGCUCAUCACUCUGAGAACAAACCCAGAUGCAGCAACUCAGAACAGGCGAUUCCAGUUCACUCAGAAUCAGAAGAAAGAAGAUUCUAAAACAUCCACCUCGGUCACCAGCGUGAACCAAGCAAGCACAUCCCGCCUGGAGGGCCUGCAGUCGGAGAACCAUCGCCUGCGAAUGAAGAUCACAGAGCUGGAUAAAGACUUGGAAGAGGUCACCAUGCAGCUGCAGGACACACCAGAGAAGACCACCUACAUUAAACAGAACCACUACCAAGAGCUCAACGACAUCCUCAGCCUAGGGAACUUCACCGAGAGCACAGAUGGGGGAAAGGCCAUUUUAAAAAAUCACCUCGACCAAAAUCCCCAGCUACAGUGGAACACGACAGAGCCCUCUCGAACAUGCAAAGAGCCUAUAGAAGAUAUAAACUCCCCAGAACACAUUCAGCGCCGGCUGUCCCUCCAGCUCCCCAUCCUCCACCACGCCUACCUCCCGUCCAUUGGAGGCGUGGACGCCAGCUGUGUCAGCCCCUGCGUCAGCCCCACCGCCAGCCCCCGCCACAGACACGUGCCACCCUCCUUCCGAGUUAUGGUCUCAGGCCUGUAA